AUGAAUACUACCUUGACCAAGUACAAUACAUCAUCGAGACCGUCGUUGAUCAGCUCGCAGAUAAUCCUCACCGUAAAUUCAUCCAAGUCGAACAGCAACGGCGGGUGGGUGAUGCACGAUGAGGCGGUGUGCCAUUACACGGACAUGGUGCACCAGAUGUCCAUGGGCCAUCGCUUCAUCCAGGAGCACUUCAACAUCACUCCACGCGUCGCAUGGCAGAUUGACCCCUUCGGCCACUCCGCCACCCAGGCUAGCCUCAUCACCUCGCAGGGUGGCUUGGACGCCUUUAUCUUUGGCCGAGCGGACUAUAAAGACAUGGAGAAGCGCAAAGCAGAGCAGAAGAUGGAGUUCGUGUGGCGGGCGGGCACAGGUGCUCCCAGGGAUACGCAGGUGUUCACUGGGAUUCUGUACGAUGGAUACUACUCGCCGCAGGAGUUCCGCUACCAGCAGACAGACAGCCCAGAGUACCGAUUCAGGGACUGGCCGAACGAGAGAAAUCCCAACGUGGAGCAAUUUGUGAAUUUUUUUGUUCAGGAGACAUUGAACAGGGCGCGGGCGUUCCGCACGAACCACCUGCUGUUCCCCAUGGGCGAGGACUUCUCGUUCAACGAGGCCAUCAUGUGGUUCAAGAACAUGGACAAGCUCAUUCAUUACGUCAACCUGGAUGGCCGGGUCAAUGCCCUCUACUCCACACCGUCCCUCUAUGUGGACGCUGUUCAAAAGGAGAACAAGACGUGGCCUCUCAAGACCGGUGACAUGUUCCCCUAUGCCGACGCCCCAAACUUCGUCUGGACGGGGUAUUUCGCCAGCCGGGCAAACUUCAAGCGUUUUGCUCGCGCCUGCAGCUCCCUGCUGCUGGCGACCACAAUUCUCGAGGCUGCGGUGGGCAAGACCGCUCUGAGGGACUGGGGGCUGAAGACCCACAGGAUGAUCGCUACAGACGAGUUUCUGUUUGACAAUCACCUGGGAAAGAACCUGAAACCCACCAGCGGGACAGAAGGGGCCGAACGUGGUGGAGCCAUGGGAGAGGGUGGGGGAGGAGGGAGUGGAGAAGGGGGAGUGGGAGGGAAUGUUGAGAGUGGUGAGUGGGAGGAGUGGGAGAGGGUGGGUGCGGGUGCGAGGAGGAGGAGGGUGGCGUCAACGUUCCCUUUGGAGGAGGCAGUGGCGGUGGCACAGCACCACGAUGCCAUCACAGGCACGGCCCAGCAGCACGUGAAUGACGACUACACAAUCCGCCUGCACCGAGCCGCACAGGAGGUGAGGAAAGCGGGGGAGGGUGGGGGUGGAAGCGGUGGGAAGAGUGGUAUGGGGGGGUUGGGUGGGGUAGAGCAGCAAGUGAAUGUUGCCCUCAUGGCCUCCACUGUAGUGGCAGCUGCUCUUGUUCACCUCAUCACCCAAGCAGCCCCCACCACUCUCCCGCCGCGCUCCUCUUCCCCAACGUCCAGCUCAACUCCCCAAGACCCAUCUCGAGCCUUCUUCACACCCACUGCUGACCCAACAAUGGGGCCCUCAGACUUCCCUCCCUUCAAUGACCCCACACUUGAUCCUGCUGCUCAGUUACAAGCCCAGCCAUGGGAUCCUGUAGACCUGAAUCAGCCCCAGUCGUUUCCUGAAAAGCCAACCCUCGAAACUGCCAGUCCAUUUGAUCCGCCUAUGCCAGACGGUAGCGAGCCUGACCCGCUGUUCUCUCAACUGCACCCAGAAUUGACUCAUGGUGAUGCAGGCUCGAAUGAGGGAGAGCCGCAGCACUCAGUGGAUACGCCUUCGUUCUUCCCUUACAACCGCCAAGUGCCCCCUUUGGAAGAGACACUCCAGUCGCAGCAGACAGUGCAAUGGACAGAUGCGAAUCAACAGGAACAACCAUCAGGAACCGUUGAUGUUCAUGCUCCACAAGAGGAGGUUUCGCCUGGGAGAAGGGGGCAAGAGAUUGUGCUGAGGGGAAGGGGAACCAGCAUAGCGGGAGAGAGUAGCAGAGUGGUGGGUGGGAAUGGAGAGUCAGGUGAGGAAGUGGGGGGGAGUGGGAUUGGUGCCGGCAGCAGCUGCAGCAACAGGGGAAGGCGGCUUCUGAGGGAGGGAGGGAGUGCGGCCGAUGCGCGUCAAGGGAACGAGGGCAGCGAGCAAGCGAGCACAGAGGGUGGUGAUCGAAGGAGUGCAAGCGAGGGAGGGGCGACGCACGGCAUGCCUGUGCUGGACUUUCAAAUGUGUCCAUUGCUCAACCUCUCCUAUUGUCCCCCGUCUGAAACAAAACUCAGCCCAGACCAAGUCCUGGUGGUGACUGUGUUCAACCCACUAGGGUGGCCCCGCACAGAGAUCGUUCGGUUCCCGGUGUCCUCGCCAUCAGUCCUGGUGACAGACUCGUCCAACUCCCCCAUCCCAGCCCAAAUCGUCACCGAAACCCUCGUAGACCCCAACACACGCGCCUUCUAUGUUGCUGCAUACACUGGCCAGUUGCCCCAGGAGCCCCAGCAGUCUCAGCAGCAGCCCCAGCAGCCAGGGCAGCAGGAGGGGCAAAUGGACGGGGCCCAGCAGCAGCAGGAGGGGCAGCAAAUGUCGGUUGUGUUCCGUGCCGAGGUGCCUCCUCUUGGAUACACUACUUUCUUCCUCACUGCCGUGCCACCAGGCACACAAGGAGCAGCCGUCAUCAGCACUACAGAGUCUGCAGAAGUCCCUGCCCUCAAAGACCCAACCGGAACCCCCAACAGCGCAAGCACAGCAAAUUCUCCAGCUGAAAACAUCGUUCUAGGGGGCUUUAAAGCCGACUCAUCUUCUGCUGGUGGUGCUGCUGGCAAGGGUACUGGUGCAGGCAAGGAGGGAGAGAGUGCACUGCGAGUGACGUUCUCCAAGGCAGCGUAUGGCAUGACGCAGAUGGAGCUUGUCCGACAGACAGAUGGUGAACAAGUGACUGUGGGUGGAGCCUACAUCUUUGACCCCACUACUGAAGCAGCCAACCCGACUCAGAGAGACGACCGGGUGUCCAUCCGCGUUCAACGUGGACCAAUCGUGGAAGAGUUCUCUCGACAAGUUGCCCCAUGGAUUUCAGAGGUACGCCCCUCUGCAGCUCCUUCCGUUUCCUAUUUCUCCAGUGCUCUCUCUGCAUUCACUUUUCCGCCCUCCCCCUUCCCCCCACCCCUCGACUGCUGCAUGCAUUUCUUUGCAGACCUUCCGGAUUCUUGUUCUCCCAACCCUCCCUUCGUUUUCCAUACUCCCUGUCUCCCCACACCAUCCUCCCUGCCCUGUCACCCCCCUCAAUCCCAUGCCCUCUCCCCCCUCAAUCCCAUGCCCUCUCCCCCCUCAAUCCCAUGCCCUCUCCCCCCUCAAUCCCAUGCCCUCUCCCCCCUCAAUCCCAUGCCCUCUCCCCCCUCAAUCCCAUGCCCUCUCCCCCCUCAAUCCCAUUGCGCCUCUCCCCCCUCAAUCCCAUGCCCUCUCCCCCCUCAAUCCCAUGCCCUCUCCCCCCUCAAUCCCAUCGCGCCUCUCUCUCCACCACAGAUCGUAGACCAUCGCGCUGAUUGGGAGCUUACCCUCACCGAUCCCAUCGCAGGCAAUUUCUAUCCGGUGACGGUGGGCGCGUUCAUCGGGGAUGGCGAGUCACAGCUGUCACUGCUGGUGGACCGAGCAGCCGGUGCUGCCAGCCUGGCAGCCGGACAGCUCGAAGUCAUGCUGCACCGGGCACUGGUGACAGUGGACAUGAAGGGAGUGGGGGAGAUUCUCAACGAGCAAAUCGCAUUCAAUGGCAUCAAUGAACGCCUCAUGGUCAUAGGCUCCAUCCGCUUUGGCUUGCACCCAGGGGGCAGCACAGGGGUGGCAGAUGAGGAGCACGAUGAGGAGCAACCUACAGCAACCACUUCUGCCGUUGCCCCUGCUGAUGCUGACACGGCCACUGCAACCCCCCAUGGAAGGCGAGGGGCUGAGACGGACGGAGGAGGGGGCAUAGAGGAGGCGAAUCAGGGUUUCUCAGAGAUGGGCCGGCCUCGGGAAAGGCGUGGCGGGGAGAGGCAGGAGGGAGAGGGUGGGGGGAAGGGGCAGGGGGCGGAGUGGAGGAGGGUGCACGCCCAGCGCCUUAUUGCCCCUCUGCAGCUGGCGUUUGCUGUUGAGACAAAGGAGGCCAUAAGAGCAGUGGAGGCAUCCCACAGGUGGCGUUACUCCAUCUCGCAGGGAGAACGUGCCAGCAAUUCUCGCACACCCAAGUCUGCUUACUCCCUGCCACCCAACGUUGCUGUCAUCUCCUUCCAGGAACUGUCCCCAAGGAACAUUGUGCUGCGACUGGCGCAUCUGUACGAGCCGCGAGAGGGUAGCGGAAUCGAAACCCCCUGUAGCGCGGAUGGCGAUACUCGAGAUAGCUAUGCAGUCACGACUGCUACAGCAGAACAAACAGGGCGAGGGGAAGCUUGUAGGGCCGUACCAGCAGCAGUGGGAGUAGGAGGGGCGGGAUCGGUGACGGUGGAUUACUCGCUGCUGAUGAAGCGAAUGGUGACGACGGGGUUCCAAGCCACGUGUCUGGGACAGGCGAUUAAUGAAGUCAACCGAAUGCUUGCGUGGCGGCUGAGCGACGACCCACCCAAGCCGGACGAUACAGAAGAGGAGAGGGACCCAGCCUUCCGGUCGUCGGUGGAUGUGAUAGUGACAACAGCGGGGGGCAUAGAAGAGGACGUGAUUAAGUGCCUGGCGCCCACGCUCCUGGGUGACUUCUCCCUGGCGGGGAAGGACCUGCGGGCCAAGGGGCUGAACCGCAUCGGCAACCUGCUCGUGCCGAACAACAACUACUGCCUCUUUGAGGACUGGGUCCUGCCCGUGCUGGAUGCUUGUCUUGAGGAGCAGAAAACGCAGGGCGUGGUGUGGACGCCCUCCAAGCUCAUCGACCGCCUGGGGAAGGAAAUCAACCAUGAGGAGUCGGUUCUCUACUGGGCCCAUAAGAACGGCAUCCCGGUGUUCUGUCCAGCCAUCACGGACGGGUCCCUGGGUGACAUGAUCUACUUCCACUCCUUCCGCUCGCCCGGGCUCCUCAUUGACCUCGUGCAAGACAUCCGGCGGAUGAACGGUGAGGCAGUGAACGCCACCCCGCGGCGAACGGGCGUGAUCAUUCUGGGAGGGGGGCUGCCGAAGCACCACAUCUGCAACGCCAACAUGAUGCGCAACGGGGCGGACUACGCGGUCUACAUCAACACGGCGAGCGAGUUCGAUGGCAGCGACUCGGGGGCCAGGCCUGACGAGGCUGUGAGCUGGGGGAAGAUCAGAGGAGAUGCGAGUGCAGUUAAGGUGUAUUGCGAUGCCACCAUUGCCUUCCCCCUGCUUGUAGCCGAGACGUUUGCCCCCCACUUACAGGAGCGAGUGCAGCAGCAGGAGCAAGCAAAGCAGGAGGUGCAAGCAAAGGAGUAG